AUGAGUCGGAUCCUAGGUCAGUGCUUAGGGCUCAUGGCGGGUCAGCGCUGGAAAUUUUUGAAGGGGAUUGCGGCGCCACCCUUCAUGCACCCAACAGCUGUCCGAUCCAUCGGUCGGAUUCAAGAGCACGUUAGAGCCCAUUUCCAUGACCUGGAGCACAACGGCAAUUUGAGAGACGGCCGGAUACACCCCGUUCAGGACCUGAAGAUGCUUCCAUUUUUCAUCGUUGCCGAGGCCAACUAUGGCUCCCUUACAGCAGACAUGAAAUCUGAACUCGAUGCCCUCGCGCCGGCGCGUGAAAAUCUCAUGAAAUUCGUUCUUUUCGGUGGCUUGGCCCGGUUUAAUAUCUCUCGCUUCUUCCCAACGGAAGCCAACCGUCAGCUGCAGCGAUUCCGUUCCCAGUGGCGGGCGUUCAAUCGCGCCGCAUACGAGCGUGCCCGGGAGAAACAUCCGUCGGCGAUGGUUGUCCAGAUGUACGACGCCGUCCACAAAGGCACUCUCACGGAGGAGCAGGUUGCACAGACCAUGGACGAAACUCUGUACGCCAACCUGGACGUCACCACGGGGGGUCUGUCCUGGAACCUGGUGUUCUUGGCUGCCAAUCCAGCCUGCCAAGCACGCCUGCACGAGGAAAUAUCCGCCCUGACCACUGCCGAGGAAGAAGGGUAUAUCUCUCGCAACGGAACCUUUCUUGCAGCAUGUGUGCUAGAGUCUUCCCGGCUCCGUCCAGCCCUGCCCUUUACCAUCCCGCAGUCUGCCCCGACCGAGCGUGUAGUAGAUGGAUAUCGCAUCCCCGCUGGAACCAAUUAUGUCGUGGACACCUGGGGACUGAACGUGCGGGAUGAAUUCUGGGCACCCGAUAAUAAUACAUAUCGCCCCGAGAGGUUCCUGAACAGCUCCAACACGGAUCUACGGUACCACUUCUGGCGGUUUGGCUUUGGUCCUCGGCAGUGUAUUGGGCGCUACACUGCCGACGUGGUGAUACGGGCGAUCCUGCUCCAUUUGGUCAAGCAUUAUGAGUUGCAGAUGCUUGAGGGAGGGAAUUGGACCCAGGACCCUGAGUGUUGGAUCACGCAUCCUGAUUUGCAAGCCCGAGCCGCCGAGCACCACCACUACGACGUUCAGCGGUUUCCCCUCGAGCCUGUUAGAUACACAUACCCAGAGGCAUCUGCUGCUUUGUCCGUUACCCACCGGAUCAUGGAGCGAUCAUGCACCCAGUGUCAUCAGCGCAAAGUACGCUGUAGCAAGACGCUGCCGUGCUCGGCCUGCGUACGGCUCGGCGCGGCGUGUCGUUACCCCACAACCGACGCCAACGCUCAUCGGCCUCGGAGGGUCCAGAAAAUCACCAUCACCGAUCGGAUUGCUCAGUUGGAACGGAGUCUGGCCGUGUUAACGAACAGUACUGGGGCCUCGCAAGGUCCUGACAAUCCGAACGUCCGAGUCACGUCCGCAGCCUUGCUGCCAGAGCCACCGCAUUCUCCCAACCGCCGACAGGAGCUUCUCGUUCCGGAUGGUGCCUCCACUCGCUACAUCAAUGAGACAUUCCUGUCGCAGAUCCUGGACAAGGAGAAGGCUCUGUACAAGGUCAUAGGGACCCCCCGGGAGACCGAUGAAAUCAACGGAGGCUUGCGACCAGAAGGCAUUUUGGCCAGCUCCAGACACCCUGCGAAUUGGGGGAACGAGUUGGAUCUUUCGCGCUGGCAAUCCGCACAGCUAUGGCAGAUAUAUCGCAACAAUGUCGAUCCCGUGGUCAAAAUCCUUCACCUCCCAACAGUGGAGCCACUGGUCUAUUCGACUAUGAACGGUGAAGGAUCGGAUGACUGCAGGGCUCUGCUGUUCGCCAUUUACUUUGCGGCAGUGACCAGUCUGGCCGAGGUCGACGCCGCAAACCUCCUCGGUCGCGAUAGGCGAUCCAGCUUGCUAGACUUUCAAGCCCGCUUUGAAAAGGUCAUGGUCGACGCCGCCUUUCUGGACGCGCCGUCCAUGUUAUCCUUGCAGGCCCUCGCCAUCUAUAUCGUGAGAUUGCCCUUCCCAAUCACUGGGCGACCGAACUGA